GCAGCGCGGCGUGCCCACUCUUGCCGCCGCCGCGGGCGGGACUCGCCGGGCGGGGGCUCGGCGGCGAAGGGGCCGGGGCGCGGCGGGCGCCCCAUUGGCUCUCUCCGGCAGCACAUGUCGCCGGCCACGCUAUAAAGGCGGCUGCGGCCCCACUGAAGCCCGUCCUCCUGCCUCCGCGCUUUCGCAGGGACAUCGCCAGCCUCAGCCCCAGCGCCGCCAUGGCCGUGGAUGCGUUUUUAGGCAAAUGGUGCCUCGUCUCCAGCGAGGGCUUCGAGGAGUAUAUGAAGGAGCUGGGUGUGGGUAUGGCCAUGAGAAAAAUGGGAAGCAUGGCCAAACCAGAUGUGUACAUUACUAAGGAUGGGGAUGCAGUCACUGUAAAAACAGAAAGCACCUUCAAAACGUCACAGUUCAGCUUCAAGAUUGGUGAGAAAUUUGAGGAAAAUACAUUAGAUGGCAGGAAAACUCAGACUCUUGUCAGCCUAAAAGAUGAUGGGUCAUUGGUUCAGGAGCAGGAAUGGGAUGGCAAGAAGACCAUAAUAACACGGAAACUAGUGAAUGGACAAUUGGUGGUGGAAUGUGACAUGAAUGGCGUCAAGUGUGUUAGAGUCUACCAGAAAGCAUGAGGACGUGUUCAUGUUCAGUAUGAACUUGCUACAAACAACUCAGUUCAAUGGACAGAGCUCCUUUACACUCCGUAUUUUCCUUUUCCCUGUUUUCUAGUAUUUCAAUGGACUGAGUAGCUGAGUGCAAUCCUUUUUAAAAGCCGUGGUGUAACUAUUAUGUAACUAUUCUGAACUUAUGAGGCCAUUAAAUAAAGUUGUCAAAUAUA